AUGCUGCAGCCAUCAUUUGGCCCUCGCAAAGAGCGGCUCGGUGCUAUCGCAGCGCUUCUUUACGCUUCGUCUGCUCUAAGCCCGGCAAAUGCUGCUGCUACUGAAGGCUUCGAUGUUCUAGAUUAUGUGGAUCCCUUCAUUGGGACUGCGAAUGGAGGACAUGUCUUUGCCGGUGCAACAUUGCCAUUUGGUAUGGCUAAGGCUGUUGCCGACACCGUGGGCGAGAACCAAGCUGGUUUCGCCUACGACGAUACAACUGUCACGGGCUUCUCUCACAUGCACGACUCUGGCACAGGUGGUUCUCCCUCUCUGGGAAAUUUCCCCAUUUUUGCCCAGCCCGCUUGUCCGCACGAUGAUAUCAAUCAAUGUGUUUGGGAGCAAAGCGACCGAGCUGUGGGAUGGAGCAAUCCAGUCGCACAACCGGGGUAUUUUGGUAUCAAGCUAGACAAUGGUGUUCACGCCGAGAUGACGACAACCAACCGAUCGGCUUUGUAUAGAUUCACCCUCGACAAAUCAUCCAACAGCUCACUUGGCCCUGUUGUUUUGGUCGAUUUGAUGGAUCUACCGCAAUCGCGGACAAAUGGAACCGCCACCGUCGACACAUCAACUGGAAGACUAAGCGGCAACGGAACUUUCAAUCCUAGCUUUGGUAUUGGAAGCUACGAUCUCCAUUUCUGUGUUGAUUUCAAGGGUGCCGAGCUACGAGACACGGGUGUCUGGACCAAAAAUCGUGCCAAUAUCAGCGGAAACGUUGUUUCAAUGGAAGCUGAUGGUACCAACACACCUGCAACUUUAUCCGGCGGUACCUUUGCUCGCUUCCACGCGCCUCAGAACAACACUGUUCUGGCCCGCGUUGGUGUCAGCUUCAUGAGCGUUAGCCAAGCAUGUGAAAAUGCCGAGAAGGAACAACCUGACUUCGACUUUGAGGGGACAGUCGAAGUAGCGAAGGAUGCAUGGAGGAAGAAGCUGAACGUUGUUUCAGUAGAUGCCGGAGGAGUUUCAAAAGAUCUACAGACUGUUUUCUGGAGUGGAGCCUACCGCGCUUUUAUCAGUCCCCAGGAUUAUACUGGUGAAAAUCCUCUGUGGAAGAGUGAUGAGCCAUACUACGACAGUUAUUACUGUAUUUGGGAUUCUUAUCGCAGUAUUCACCCACUACUAACACUGGUGGACCCCUUAUCCCAGGCACUCAUGAUGCGCAGUCUUAUCGAUAUCUAUAGACACGAAGGCUUCCUACCGGAUUGCCGCAUGUCCCUCUGCAAGGGAUUCACCCAAGGAGGAUCUAACGCAGAUGUUCUCAUGGCAGAUGCUUAUUUGAAAAAGGUACCCGGUAUUGACUGGGACACUGCCUACGAAGCCGUUGUCAAAGACGCCGAAGUCGAGCCUAAAAACUGGAACGUCGAGGGACGUGGAGGCUUGCAUAGCUGGAAGAGCCUGGGAUACAUUCCUACCGAUGACUAUGACCCCUACGGAGUUGGCACUCAUACCCGCAGCGUUUCGCGAACAGUUGAAUACGCGUACAACGAUUUCUGCAUUGCUGAGAUGGCAAAGGGGAUGGGACAUUCUUCCGACCAUGAGAAAUAUAUCGAGCGUUCCGGAAACUGGGUGAAUAUGUUCAAGGCCGAUCAAAAGUCCGAGAUUGGUGGAGUUGAUACAAACUUCACUGGAUUCCUACAACCGCGCUAUACAAAUGGUACUUGGGGAUACCAGGAUCCUAUCUUUUGCAGUCCUCUCCUCAAUUUCUCCUCCUGCUAUCUCAACCCCGAUGGUCAUGAGACAUAUGAAGGGAGUGCUUGGCUGUACAGCUUUUAUGCCCCCCAUGAUAUGGGAUCGCUAGUCCAAAGUCUAGGAGGUAUGGAGAAAUUCACGUCCCGACUCCAAUUCUUCCAUGAGUCCGGACUGCUCUACGUGGGCGACGAGCAAUCCUUCCUCACCAUCUUCCAAUUCCACUACUCUGGACGUCCAGCUCUAUCCGCCAAAUACAGCCACUCUUACAUCCCAUCGCAGUUCAACACUACCGUCGCAGGACUGGCAGGCAACGAUGACAGUGGUGCGAUGGGCUCGUUCAUCGUUCUGAGCAUGAUGGGACUUUGGCCAGUACCAGGACAGGAUGUCUAUCUUAUCACUCCACCGUACUUCAAAGAAGUCAAUCUGACAAACGGAAUCACCGGCAAGGUCGCGACUAUUCGAAAUGUGAACUUUGACCCGACAUACGAGUCAAUCUAUAUUCAGAGUGUGACAUUGAAUGGCAAGGCAUGGUCAAAGAACUGGGUUACUCAUGACUUCUUCACUGAAGGAGGUGUACUUGAGCUGAAGCUGGGCAGCAAGGAAAGUGAUUGGGGGACUCAAAUCGAGGAUUUGCCUCCUAGUCUGUCCGACUACCACAAAUGA